AUGGCGCACGCUCCGCCCGGGCAGCCGGAGGGCCCGGACACGACGCCGAUACGGGCAGGGCGGCGGCGGCGGCGGCCGCCGCUGGCGGCGUCCUCGUCCUCGUCCGACGACGACGCCUACGACGGCGACGACGCCUCGCGCUCGCUUCGACGUUCGAUGUACAGCGCCGAGUCGCGGACGACGCGUCGCUUCACGAACGCGUCGUCCUCGGACGACGACGACGACGACGCCAGGAGGGAGGACACGCUGCGCGCGCGCGUUCGCGGCGACUUGCGGCGGAAUGUCCGCGAUCUCGCGAGCACGUCCUCUCGCGGGCCGCUCUCGGGCGAGUGGUUCGUCGCGUGCAACGCGCUGAGCCGAGUCGCGGAGUACUGCGUCUUGGAGAUGCGAAGCGCGCCGUCGUCGAAGCACGCGCCGGACGCGACGCUGUGGGAGCGCGACGACGCGAUCGCGCCGCGGUUCGUCCUCGAGGAGGGUAAGCUCAACGUCGUGAUCCGCGCGCUGAGCGAGUUGUGCGUCUUCACCGGCGUCGGCGGCGGCGAGGAAUCGAGUUCGUCGACCCGCGAGGACGUUGGAGGUCGCGCGGGGAGCGGUCUGAGUCUCGACGACGCGGUGACAAGCGCAGCGUACAAUCACCGCGUCGACGAGACCGUCGUUCGCGAGAAACUGCGCGAGUUUGAACGCGCUGGCGGGGUCGUCCUGGAGCGUUGCUUGACGUUCGUGGAGUGCGUGCAGACGUGCGACUUCGACGAGUUGAUGGAGCACUGCGCGCGCGUCCUCGCGGAGGCAUCGGAGGAGAGUUUCGCUCGGCG